AUGAGUUCCCAAAAUAGCUUCGUCAAUGCUUCCCUGAGCUCCAACACUGUCAGCGCAGGCACCUCCGCGGUCCGAUCGCGCCCUCGCCGCCUCGUCUCCUUUAUCGACGACGAAGAUGAAGAUUCCAGCACCAAAACUAGCAACUCCUCCUAUCAAGAUUCGCAACACUUUGCGUCGGGUCUUUCUACAACCCUCUCAGCCAAUGUUGGAACUGCACGAUCUCGUGGUGCGACCCCCUCACCAUUGUCAUCCCGUGGAACCUCGCCGCUGCCCAUGAAACACCCCUCCCGCGUCACGCAACAGAGCAAUCGCGGUCGCAACGAAUCGUCGUCUUUUGCUUGGAAUGGAUCAUCAAAGGCGUCAUCUUCACGGGGUGCUACAGACUUUCUAGACUCGUCAUGGUCGUCUCUCCAGAACCUGGCCUCGUCAGUACUUGGUAGCGACACUGGGCGAAACACGACAAAUAAUACGGCAAAGGGACAUUCACGAAGGAAACCAUCGCGAUCAGACGUAUAUAUUCGAAGUAUUCCUCGGUCUACGCCGGCUGCAUGGGGUCCAUCAGGACAGAGCACACCAGAAAUUGGAACUGGAACCAAGGAGGAGCGUCAAGCACUGGUUCAGGCGAAGAAACGCGAGGCGCUUCUGCUUGCAGACUCCGACCCGAUUAUUAGCAGCGCUUUUCGCCACAAGCGUCGAGACUCUGGGGAUUACUUCGACCAGCCGCUUGAUCCAGAGCAAGACGAGGAUGCCCUUGCAUACAUUCACCCUGUCCAAGCAACGGACAGCAUCACGGGGGUCACAAUUAAAUAUGGAUGCCAACCUGCAAUCUUCCGAAAGGCGAACGGCUUCUGGCCCAAUGAUAAUAUUCAAAGCAGGAAGACGGUGCUACUGCCAGUCGAUGCAUGCAGCGUGAAAGGGAGGCCAAUACCACCUGCAGAAGCCGAUCUUCUGACGCUUGAUGCUGAAGAUGCGAGUGGGAGCUCUAUCACACCGGCCACUGCGUGCAUGAAUGGCUCAUUGUCGAAUCAGAAGACCCCUGGAACCGGCGACACCGACAGUAAUCAGAUUUGGAAACAUGAGUCUUGGGUGAACAUUGACGGGUUCCCGUCCGCAGUACAGAUUGGCCGAGUCCCACGAAGGGCAUUGGGCUUUUUCCCACGCACACGCCGAAAAUCUGUAUCCUAUACCGAUGCAGAGCCUCUCCAGGACGACUCUUCACGAGAUCCAACCAGGACUUCGUCGCCGGCCAGUUCGCCGCAGAUUACUCCAACGGACGGUGUUCUUCCUCGGGCGAGGCCUCGCCCAGGCCAGUCAAAUCCAAUCCGUCCCCAGCAUCGCCGCCAGCACAGUAGUAUUCACCUGGCUGCUACAGGCGUAGGUACUCUCGACCGAACUUCCACUGGACCCGGACCUGCUUUGGACGGCUUGAGCAAAUUCUUCUCCCAGCACAUGCCGAAUCUGGUCCCUCCUCCCGUCCCCGAGAACCUUCGAAGAUCUUCCUUUGGAUCGGAGUCCACGGCAACGUCCAAUGCGUCAACGGGUCUGGAGAACAUUGGUGGGGCUGUCGAGGGAUGGAUCCGCAAGGUCGCGACCCGCACCAAGGCCGGAAUCAGCGAGCUUCAACAAGGGUCUCCCAACCAACAGGCUACUAGCCGUGGCCGUGGGCUCUGGGGAUUAGGCGAUCUGAUUGAGUUGGAUGAUACUUUUGAAGGUCGACAAUCGCCCAGUGUUCUAGGUCCCUCCCGGAGAGAAGCGCAGGGCACAAGCUCUACCUCUUCUUCAUAUCGAGUUGCAGGGACUUCGGCGUCCGCGACGAGCAGGUCUCGCGCGACGAACCUUGGAUCGGGCUCGAAUGCAUACGGCGAUCGAGCAAAGGACGACUGA